AUGGAGAAGACUUCUCUUCUGGCCACGCCUCUCAAAUGCAUGAUUCCAACGUGCGUCUAUUUGGAUUACAACGCGACGACGCCUAUUUUCCCGGAAGUGUGUGACGAGAUGCUCCCGUUUUUGCGCACGCACUUUGGCAACCCGUCCUCGAUUCACGCGUACGCCGUGCCGUGUUCUGUAGCCAUCGAUGUAAGUCGAGAAAGAGUGAGAAAAGCUUUAGGCGCGACAAAUGGAAAGAAGGAAAUUGUGUUUACAAGUUGUGGCACUGAAAGUGAUAACCGAGCGAUAGAUAUCGCCUGCGACUUGUUCAAUUCUUCCGCGUCGUCUGAUGAAGCAAAUUGUGUUCUUCCGCACGUGAUUUCAACCGCGGUGGAACAUCCAGCCGUUCUCGUGUAUUUAGAGAGCGAGCGAAAGGCGAAGCGACUGACGUACUCGUUAGUGCCGGUAAACGAGGAAGGCGCGGCGGACGUCGAGGCGUUCGAGAAACAGUUGGCGGAGUUUCGCGACAGAGUGUGUUGCGUGACUAUUAUGCAAGCGAACAACGAAACGGGCGCUGUGCAACCGGUGAGAGCGUUCGCAGAUUUAGCGAAAGCAACGAAUCCGAAAAUUUUGGUGCACACGGACGCCGCGCAGUCGUUCGGGAAGGUGAAGCUGAAUGCGGAUGAUUUGAACGUGGACGCGAUUACCAUCGUGGGACACAAAAUUGGCGCGCCGAAAGGCAUCGCGGCUCUAUUUUUGCGGGAAAGUUUUCUUUCUGAAAGAACGAAAGAGAUCGAUAGUAAUGGUGGUAACGUUGACCCGUACAGAUCGUUUUUAAAAGGCGGCGGACAAGAAGGCGGGAAACGCGCAGGCACGGAAAAUGUCCUUCACAUUGUCGGUUUAGGGAAAGCGUGCGAAAUUGCGGACGAAGAGUUUGACGCGUUUGUGGCGCAUACGAAACGCAUGCGCGACUUGCUUUUCGAAAAAUUAAAAGCUUCGACAAAAAUCGGUGAUCGAGUGUUCGCCAAUGGGCCGAAAGACGACGCGAAACGUUUACCGAACACGCUUUCCGUCGCCAUCGAAGGUGUCGACGCAGGCGCGUUGUUAGUAGAAUUAAAAGAUCGAUUGGCCGCCAGCGCUGGCGCCGCUUGUCACUCGAGCGAAGACGGCGGAGGCGCAAUCUCUGGCGUCUUACUCGCCAUGCGUUUAGAAGAAAGUUUAGCCAGAGGUACUUUGAGAUUGUCCGUGGGAAGACACACGACCGAGGAGGAAAUUUCGAGAGCCGUAGAAGCCAUCGAAGCCGUAGCGAGUAGACAAAUUGAAAAUAAAUGA